AUGGCUUUUGUUCACUGCGAGUCUGAAGAGUGCACUAAAUCCAAACUAGACUUGUUCCAAAUGGCCCCUAUGCUAACCAGAAUCGAGAAAAGCAUUUACAUCAAGGUGCCGCCUCUAUCAGCCAUUAUGGAGGCUGCCCCCAUCAACUUUUUUAUAGCAGGGAAUGGCAUAGAUUAUAUGGAUUUAAACAACAUGUUGCUGUACCUAUGUUGCAAGAUUAUAAAAGGAGACAGAACUGAACUUGCCGAGGACACUGAGGUGGGCCUGGUGAAUUACCCCUUGGCCUCUAUUUUCAGUCAGUUGGAUGUCACACUGGGAGACUGCCUUGUAAGCCAAAGCAAAAACUGUUACCCUUACAGGGCCUUUAUAGAAUAUGUGCUCGAUUCCAGUGACAACACCCUCGCCAUGCAAUUUUCUGCUGGCCUGUUUUACAAAGACACUGUCAGACAACAUGAAGAAACAGAGUUGGAUGGCGGGAAUCUAGGAGUGGAUGUGAAAAUUAAACUGGCGUGCAAUAAAGAUGCCUUCUGUUUAAUGGGGGAUGCAGCCAAAGGCUUUAAACUAAGGAUUAUAUCAGCGUCCCUUUUUGUGAAGAAAGUAUGGGUGGCCCUGGGCAUCUGUCUGGGAAUGAAAGUGAUUAGCAUUCCUGUGGGCAGCAGGCUCAGUAACCAGGAGAACCUGUUCUUGGGACAGUUACCCAAAAUGCUUGCCCUACGGUUUGUGGAUAAUGAUGCCUUUAGUGGAAGUUAUGCUAAAAACCCCUUUCAUUUUAAACAUUAUGAUAUUAACUUUGUGGCCUUGUAUGUGGAUGAUGAACAGAUACCAACCAAGCCUCUGCAACCAGACUUUGAGGCUGGACACUUUGUGAGAGAGUACAUGAAUCUAGUACAGACAGCUGGUAAACACAUGAAAGAUUGUUCUUUGUUAAUCGACUGUGAGGAGUUUGCACAGGGUUACAUCUUAUUUGCCUUUGACCUGUCUCCUGACCAGGAAUGA